GACAGGCGGAGCCCACUUAUCACACGCGCACUUCUGCAAAACAAGACAAUCUGAGAACAGUUUUUUUCGGUGUGGGGGACUCUUCUCUCAUCACGCUAAUUAAAACAAUGCCAUCAAUGAGCAACAUGAAUAUAUUCAUUCUGGCGGCACUUUUUUCUAUGGUUUUGGCCGAAAUAUCACCUCGGCUGAAAUUCACCGUAUUGGAAUCACCUCGGUUUCACUUCAUGAAACCAGAGAACUACACAACGAUGUACCACCAACAGGGAUCUGAUGUCCUAUAUGUGGGGGGCAUGGGGGUAAUCUAUAAGCUCACCUUCAGUGACAAAGGAGUGCAUGACAUGCAGAUCCCUGUGCUGAUGGAUGAGAAUGCAAAACAGACAUGUGUCUCUAAAUCAGCAGCACGGAAGCAUGAGUGUGAUAAUUUCAUCACUGUAAUUGAGAGAGUUGGCGACUCCUUCGUGGUGUGUGGGACUAGAGCAGGUGCUCCUAAAUGUUGGCUCCUGGUGAAUGACAGUGUACUGAUGGACAUGCAGCAGGAAAUAUCAGUGUCUGAGAUCUUGGCACCUUUCCCCUCUCAGCGCUCCAUCAGUCUGUCAGCAGGUGGAAAUCUGCACUCUGCCCUAUCAGCGGUUGCCGGGCAGACUGGCUCUAUCCAUCGCACCUACGGCUCCAAAAAGCUGUUGAAGUCAGAGAGUAAAUGGUUACAGAAUCCUCAGUUUGCAGGAGCUGCUGUGAUUCCACACAGCGAGAAACUCAAAGAUGAGAUCUAUUUCUUCUUUAGUGAGGUCAACAGUUCAGCAAGUCUCGAUGAAGUGCCAUACAAGGCUCGGAUAGGACGUGUCUGCAUGGUUGAUGAGGGAGGUCUUCCGAAUGUAUUGCCAAACUCCUGGACUACAUUUCUGAAGGCACGUGUGAUGUGUGGGAAAGCUGAAACUCCUGUUCAGUACAACAACCUCAAGCAGACGUUCGUUCUGACAUCUGACCAUCUCCGCAUUGGGGUGAUGUACGGCCUCUUCUCCAAUGCCUGGAACACAACUGUAGUUUGUGCAUACUCUAUUGAGGACAUUGACAACUCCUUUUCUACAUCUAAACUGAGGGGCUACAACUCACCAUUGGCUUCACCACGUCCUGGAACGUGUGCUUUCAGGAAUAACACAGCAGCUCAUAACCAGAAGAUUCUGAAUGUGAUCAAGGAUCAUCCUGAGAUUGAGGACAUGAUCAGGCCAGUCGGGGAUGGUCCUCUGGAUUUGCCAUUACAAGACCAUUUCACCUACAUUGUGGCCGACACAGUCCUUGCUGUCAAUGCUGAACACUUCACCGUCAUUUAUCUGGGCACAGAGAGUGGUAAAGUCCUGAAGGUGCUCCAUACCAUAGAAGGAGCCUUUAUCAUUGCACAGUAUUCCUUAUUCCAUGAUGAUAAUCCCAUCAUCAACAUGGCUAUUGACUCCAAAAAGGGUCAUCUCUAUGUUGGCACAGAUAUAGAAGUUCAGCGCCUCCCUCUGGCUGACUGUGGUCAUUAUGGGGUCAGCUGCCGGGAAUGCAUCCUUUCUCGAGAUCCAUAUUGUGCAUGGAAUGCGAACAAGAGAAAGUGUACUGCUAUCCCAGCAGACUACAACUUUAGCACUGGGAUGCUUAUUCAGACCCUUGAACACUCCAAUGCUUCAGUCUGUGGAGAAGUUAUAGCUCCAAAGGCACGUAGUACCAUCCCAAAAGAGGUGUUAGUGGAUAAAGAUGGACCAGUACUGCUACCAUGCCCUGUGCAUUCAUACCAUGCCACAUACCGCUGGGAGAAAGACAACUGCAUCAAGCUAUAUCCUUGCACCAUUUCUGGCUCUUCCUGCAUGCUCGCACCAACCCCUGACCUGCCCCUGAAGGAGGGCGUGUUUCGCUGCAUGGCGGAGGAGAGUGGGCUGAGACAGGAGGUCGUGUCCUAUAAGCUGGUUUUCAACAGUGGGCCCCUCUCCCCCUCGCUAGCCUCCACUGUGGGAUCUGCUCUGCUGCUGGCUGCUGUGGCACUCUGGCUCCUGUAAAUCAUCAACUAAAUGCUGAGGGGUGAGAAGGUAAAAAAGACAAGUGGAAGUUUUAUGCUAAGGUCAGCAGAGCAUGAGUACUAAGGCCUGUCCAACUAAACUGCAGGGGAUCAGCUGAUCUCUGUAUAAACUCUAUCUCUUGUUUUGUAUUUGGAGCAAUCACACAUUUUUUUUUUUAAAGGCCGAGAAAAUGCCUGAAAUAGUUUCAUUUUGCAAAAUGCUAUCAUACCAAUCAUACCAACUCCAGUGUUCUGUACUGUAUACACAAACUUAUCUAAACUAAAUAUUUAAUGCCAUGCGCCUGAAAGUAAACAUUUAGCUUUCAACUAUACUGUAUAUUCAUAUAUCUAAUACAUGGGGGAUUUAUACUUCAAAAUACAUGCUUGCAGAAUGUCAGUGUCAUCCUACAUCCUGAGAAACCAUCAGACAGUUUUUGUCAAUUUCAUUUCAUUUCAUUACUACUGUAGAAUUGCUUAAGUUACAGGUGCAUAUUUGUUGGAUAUGCUGUUUUAAAUCCUUGUAUUUUCCAUUGUGUGCCAUAAGUUCUAAUGCCUUAAAACAAGGAUGAGUCCCUUUAAGCUGUAAGGGCCCCAUCCUAAGCACAACUUGCAAACUGAGCAAAACCUGCAGAAUCUGCUGUCUUUUAUCCUAAGCAUUAAGUAUUCCGGCCUGACAUUGCUUCAGCAUCAGGGCUCAAUGCUAAGGAUUUUUUUCUACUGGACUGGUUGGGCCAGUGCUAUUACUGGCCCUGUCAAAAUUGAAUAGCUGUUUUAACCAUCAUGGCUUUAAAAAAAUAUAUCCGAAGAUAAAUAGUUUGUACAUAUCUUAUGUUUUUAAUACACUGUCCCCCAGGGGCCUGGGUAGCUCAGCGAGUAAAGGUGCUGACUACCACCCCUGGAGUCGUAAGUUCGAAUCCAGGGUGUGCUGAGUGACUCCAGCCUAAGCAAAAAAAUUGGCCUGGUUGCUAGGGAGGGGAGAGUCACAUGGGGUAACCUCCUUGUGGUCACUAUAAUGUGGUUCACUCUCGGUGGGGCGUGUGGUGAGUUGUGCAUAGAUGCUGCGGAGAAUCCUCCACACACGCUAUGUCUCCACGAUAACGUGCUAAAUAAAAAUGUGAUAAGAUGCAUGGACUGAUGGUCUCAGAUGCGGAGGCAACUGAGAUUCGUCAUCCGCCACCCAGAUUAAGGCAAAUCACUAUGCCACCAUGAGGCCUUGGAGUGCAUUGGAAUUGGGCUUUCCAAAUUGGGGAAAAAAGGGGAGAAAAAAUACAAAAUACAUUGUCCCCCAAUUGGAUCACAUUUAUAAUUUGCAAGACAUGAUUUAUGCCUUAUGUAAUCCCAUAUAUGCGCUUUACAGAUAUAAAUUCAUAAAUACAUCAUAUAAACCUCAGCCGUCCUGCCAUUUACACAUGUGUUUUUAAGCUAAGAGUUCUGUGGAGGAGAUGAUGGGUCACCCGUUUAGUCAUGCUGUCAUGCAACUUUAGCCCAUGUGUAGUGUUUUCACAAGAAGGAUCAAAGAUUUAGUCACUGAGUUAAAGAUUUGAUUAUUGGCUGAGAGAACAGACUUGCUACUAAAUCGGUUGUGAUGUGUAAUAUACAGUAGGUAGAUGUUAGGCCUAACCUGUGAAUUAAUCAGACAAGACCAAUACAGACUGAUAUACAAAGAACAAAAACAAAAAUACAUGUAUGGUCUAGAAUUGAGAAAUGUAACAGGUGUUUUAUGAGGAUGAUAUGAAGUAGACUGUUUCAAAUAUUCAUCUUCACCCUGCAGCCGAACAGAUCUGAUAAUAAUAACCUACUAGCCAUAGUGAUCUUGCUUCUUUUCAUAUCAAAGAGCAUUAUCAUCUCGGAUUAAUGUUUACGUUUUGAAGCAUUACCUAAUUAAAUGUACUGUAUACUUGUAUUUUGGAUAUUGAGCAGCUCGUGAUUUCCAGACAUGUGUAUAACUGGGGUUUCACUAAGUUUAUUACAUCUCAUUCGGUGCUUCAUCUAUAAAGGCGAAUUAAUGUGAGAAAAUAUGUUUAUUUUUUACUGUGGGAAUAAAACUAGCGCUCUGUCCCUUUACGAGAGCACAUGCAUAUUAAACAAUCUAUGCUGCAUGGAGAGUGAUAAUGAGACAUGGAUUUUCAGUCCUAUAGAAAAAAAUCUGUUGUUCCCUUGUGACUCAGUCCACUUGACAUUGCGUAUAUUAACGCAUAUGGGGGAGUGCCUUCAUACAUGACCUAUUUGAAACCUCUCUACAAUAACGCCAAUAUUCUAAUAUUGGCUUUGGUGUUUGAACACCGCCUGUUUUGGCGCAAAACUAACCGCUAUAAAAACAGGUGCACAGACACCAUUUCCUCAGAAUUUCUUCCAUCAUGACAGCAUUCAUCUCUUGUCUCGAAGCCCUCUACCCUUCGCCAUCGAUACACACAAGUCAGUGGACGGAAUCUUCACGGCAACGAGAAGACGCUCCACUCCCCUGCAGUGCUCUGGCGAACAUCUCCUCUUGUGAACCUUCAGGUAUCACAGUAGGAAGGCAGAGUAGGAUUAAUUUUAGGUGGAUUUCAUUGGCGUGUGGAUUGCACAUGCCGCAUGAGCCCCUCAAUCUCCACGAAGUGCAUGUUUCUCAGUACGCUAUGUGCGAGACCAGCUCCAGCCCUCUGAAGGAGUGUGCGGCCUCAUCUGGUUUGGCGGAUCUGAUGCUGGGGAUGAUGACGAUGUUAUGUCUCUCGCCGCAUCAGGCAAAUGGUCAGUGGAUGAUGCUGCCGCCCCUGCCCCCAGAGAGGGUGAGGAACGUGUAUGCGCCACUGACGGGGAGAUGCACCACGUCCUUACAAGGGCGGUCGAAGAGCCUCACCCUGACUGGUCUCCUCCAGAGGAACCUGAACAGUCUCAGCUCGAUGAAUGUUUCCAGCAGUCCAGACACCGUCAAACAGCAGCAUCCUGCACAAUUCUUCCCUGAAGUUCAUAACGAAAUAUCCAAGUCCUGGUGCGCAACCUUAUAAGGCGCGCUCGCACAGUGACGCCAUCGUCUUUCAUGUGGAUCACGGGAAAGAAAACGGUCAUGCCCAAUUACCGCCUGUGGAGGACGCGGUAGCGGCACAACUCUGCCCAGCGAGUAACAUGUACAUUCUUCCGAACAGUGUCGACAAACGUCCGCAUUGGCGGGAAAAGCUUACCAAGCAGCAGAAUAACGUGAAUCAGCACUCCACUCAAUGGCGGUGCUCCAGGGCAGAAAUGGGUAAUAAGGAAAAAGCUACUUUUUGGAUGCUCCAGUGUUUCGAGCCAGCGCCCCACUAAAAGCCCCAUACCUGCUGCCUCACAGGCACCUGCAUAUCAGCAUGUGCAGCAAAAGCAUCCUGAUGGGCUCAACCCUUUGAAGCGCAAAGCAGAGCCCACAAUUCCCUCCGGGUCUGGUCCAAAAAAGGCACGAUUGGAGAUGCAAAACACUUUUCCCCCAUCUCCCCACCAUUGUUUUGUCAGGAAAGGAAUAUUUUUGUUCAUAAUAUUGUUUAAAAUGUUGUUUGUGUCUUCCACUCAAAUAAAUGUAAUAAAAAAUUCAAUAAUUGCAAAAAAGAUUACAGCAUUUGUUGCAAAUGCACGAGAUGCUCACACAUUCUCAAUAAAGAGCCCCUUUUUCCUCUUCAAAGCACACACAUUAUUCGCAACUGCUUCCCUAUAAUGAGCGUCGCAUCAUAUCAUAUGGUGAGCAAACCAAAUUGCCCUCUAUCCCAUUACGCGGAUGUGUGGUGAGCCCUAACGGGUAUUUCAGAAUGGGUGCAAAAACGAUCGAACAUGGUUAUACGAUCCAAUUUUGCACACUGGCCACCCCGUUUCAACUGCGUUUCUGUGUGUCGAGCCGAAAUAAAUCGAUCGUGAAAAAAACUAGAGAUUGUGCCAAAUUGUCAAACACAAAAAGGGUUUUACAGCCGUUAUUUUCUUGUUCCAAAGAAAGAUGGUGGGCUUCGACCAAUUCUGGAUCUGAGACAUUGAAAUCACGCACUCAUAAAGAGCCCAUUCAAAAUUAUUACUCCAAAACUGAUCUUAUCGCAUGCCCACACAAUUGGUUUGCAUUGAUAGAUCUGAAGGAUGCGUAAUUUCAUAUCCAAAUUGUACAACAUAACAGGAUGUUUUUGAGAUUCGCGUUCAAGGGAACAGUGUAUCAAUUCUAAGUCCUGCCCUUCGUACUUUCUUUGGCUCCUCGCACAUUCACAAAGUGCAUCGGUGUGGUUCUCGCCCCUCUGAGACCGAGCAGCAUGCGCAACUUGAACUACCUCGCCGAUUGGCUGUUACUGCCGCAAUCAGAGGCUUUGUUAUGCCAGCCCAGACAUACUGCUUCAGCCAUUCUACAGUGUCUGUCUCAGUUCAAACUGGGGAAAACAUUUCCACUGAAACUUGUUUCAGAAAGCAUUGGGAUUCCCGCAUUUUACCAGUGAGGUGUCGUGUUGGGGCAAGUUGUCACGCAGUGCCUAAAGCCAUUGGCUCUAUUUCUAGCCUAAAAUCUUUUCAGUCAGAAAUAUAAAAUUGGCAUGUCCUGGAUCGCUCGGACAACAUGACCGUUGAGGUAUAUAUAAACCGCCAAGGCGGAAUUCAGGAGACUUCACCCUCAAACUGUAUUGAGGAUUUGGGAAAUAUCUGGCAAAGCAGAAAUCGAUUUAUUUGCCUCAGUGGAGAAUACCCACUGUCCCCUCUGGUACUCAAAAUCCCAAGUUAUCAGGCAGAAAGUGGUGACCGUGAAUGCUUCCAACACAGGUUGGGGGGUGGUGUGUGAUGGACACCCAACUUCUGGCACCUGGACAGGUGUGAGGAGGGCGUGGCACAUCAACCACUUAGAGCUAUCAUCUGUAAUUCUAGCCUUAAAGGCUUUCAGUCAGAAAUAGUGAGCUGUCAUGUCCUGGUUUGCUCAGUCAACAUGACAGUCGUGGCAUAUAUAAACAGCCAAGGCGGAUUUCAUUCACCGGGACUGUCGAGAAUGACACUUUGCCUCCUCCUAUGGAGCGAGCAUCAUCUCUCCCUGAGAGUGACAUAUGUCUCAGGCCACCUGAAUUACGCCGCAGGCCUAUUGUCAUGCUAAGGGUUGAGACCGGGCGAAUGGAGACUUCAUCCUCAAACUGUACUGAGGAUUUGGGAAAUAUUCGGCAAAGCAGAAAUGUAUCUAUUUGCCUCAGUGGAGAAUGCCCACUGUCCCCUCUUUUAUUCGAAGUCCCAAGCCCCGCUGGGAAGGGAUACAAUGGCACACAAAUGGUCGGCGAAACACAAAUAAGCGUUUCCUCUGGUAUGCCUGAUCCACUCUGUCAUAUGCAAAGUCUGAGAGGACAAUGAAAUGGUUCUAUUAGUUGCACCUAAAUGUCCCAACCAGUCAUGGUUUCCAGAAAUGAUGAGAUGCUGUACAGCUCAUCAUGGGAAAUAUCACUGAGGAGGGAUCUCCUCUCUUAGGCACAAGGCACAAUCUGACAUCCCCAGCCCCAGCUGUGGAACCUGCAUGUGUGACCCCUGAAAGGAGUGCACUAUACGUGCCAGAACUGAUGCAUUCUGUCAUGAACACCAUUUUACAAGCCAGAGCACCAUCCACAAGCCUCUAUACACUAAAAUGGAAGGUGUUCACUGAUUGGUGUCUCUCACACAGCAAGGACCCAGUAAACUGCCCCAUACAUCAUAUUCUAAUAUUUCUUCAAGAGCGAUUAGACACAGGACUCACCCCAUCAACGCUCAAAGUGUAUGUGGCAACUAUAUCUGCGUAUCACGCACAUGAAACCAGUACCUCUAUAGGCAAGCAUGAUUUAAUCAUAAAGGUAAUUUAAGGAGCAAGACGAUUAAACCCACCUCGGCCGGCUACAGUCCUGACUUGGGACUUAACUUUAGUCCUAAAAGCGCUUGCAGGGCCCCCCUUCGAGCCUUUGGACUCUGUUGACUUGAGCAUGCUCUCCACUAAGACCGCACUACUGCUGUCUCUGGACUCAAUAAAAUGGGUAUGUGACAUGCAUGCAUUAUCAGUCGACAAUUCAUGUUGAGUUUGACCCCGGUCUUUCAAGAACCACUGUCAAACCCAGGAAAGUCUAUGUACCCAAGGUCCUGACCACACCCUUCAAAGCGCAGGUGGCUCAACUUCAGACCUCCUCCAUUUAAUUCAGAUGGAUUUGUUAUGCCCGGUGUGGGCGCUACAAGCAUAUGUUGAGUGCACCCACCAGUUCAGACUAUCUGAUCAGCUCUUUAUAUGCUAUGGAGGAUGCACUAAAGUAAUGUCCGUCUCCAAGCAAAGACUUCUCACUGGAUUGUCACAGUGAGCAUGGCCUCCUCAUGGGCAUAGAUGAAUGGUGUGUCCUUACAAGACAUAUGUUUUGCAGCAGGGAUAGUCCUCACAAAACACAUUCCCAAGGUUUUACAACCUAGACGUAACGUCUCUUUCUUCACAAGUCCUCUCUGUUUAGAGCACUUGCUAUUCACUGGCCAUAUAUAUAUAUAUAUAUAUAUAUAUAUAUAUAUAUAUAUAUAUAUAUAUAUAUAUAUAUACUUAUGCCCUUCCCUUUAAGUAUGGGCUCCCCAUCAUUUACACAACUGCCUGCAUUCAGGCUGUUAUAAUUCCAUAAAGUCACAAGCACUUUAUUACAAAUAAAUUCCCUUCCCUUCUGGGUUCAUAAGGAGUUCAUUCAUAUUAUAUGACUAUAGUUCAUAUAUUCGUUAUGAGUGCUCUCCCCCUGGCCAUCACGAGUAUCACUCACUGCAGCAUAAUCAUGCCGUCCCAUAAGGCUGAUAAAAAUACAUUCCCGGCUUGUAUAGCUAAUGUGCAUGUGCCUUCUAGAGUUAAUUGACAGGUGAUGUCUGUAUCUAAAAGGUGAUUGGCUCUUUUAACUCUAAGGCAGGACUUACUUUUUACAUUCAUUGACCGUUGACAUCUAAAUUAUCUCUGUUUUAAGUAACAAGUCACUAGCUGACCGAUUCAAUAUAAAAAAUAAAUUAGACAUAACAAAGCAGACAGUUUAUACUGAACCAACACAGAUUCAACUGCUUUUGCUCAGCUGGUGAACAGGACAAUGAGAGGAAUUAGAGAGUUUAUCUUGCGUCACUGUGUUUAAAAAUAAAUAAAAAAAAAGACACUCUUGCAUCCUUAAUGCCUGUGCUUUUCGCAACAUUUUGAUUUUUAAAACUUUUACUUUGCGUUCAUAUGAACUGAAUUAUUGGGCAAAUAAGCUUAAAUAGGUGUGAUUUAGAGUUGCAUUUUGUAAUUGCAGUGAAAAGAGGGUUGUGAUCAGUCUUAAUUAUAAUGUUGAUAUAAUUGUAAGUCUCUUAAUAUGCUGUACUUCACCAUUGAUGCCUAUUGGAAUAGAGAGUAUUCUGCACUAGUGUUCAGAGUGUACAUUUGUUAUGACAUUUAAUUUCAACAUCAACCACCAAUAAAAUCCUAUGUUGGCUAAAGGUAUGGAAAAAAUAUACAUAUAGUAAAAGUAAAUAUGCUCUCAAGAGAACUUUAUAACUAGCACAAUUGCCUACAGUAGCCCACUAAUUGCCUACACCCCUAAUACCACCCCACCAUCUACCACCCUUUCUCUGUUUUUCUCUCUCUCUCAGAGCUGACCCCAAAUGCCAAUUCUAUUUUUAACCUAUUUUUGAACUUGUUCUUCACUGUAUGAACAGGAGUGAGACAACGGUUUUGUUUAACAAUGCAAUUAAAUUAAAUCAUCACUAAUCAACAGAAGGUGCAUUUUAUUUUUACACAAUGUUGGUUAACUUUUAUUAUUUAUUUGUAGUUGCUUGUUUUGUGUACAUUUGUUUCUUACUCUAUUCCUUCAUUUUAUAUGUAAUCUGAUUACUCACAAUCUUGAGCAGGAAUAUGUAUAAAAGGAAUGGUCUUUGCUUAAUCAACAGUUUCAUUGUCUUAUACCUUAUUACGUGUGUCAUAAACAAAAGCCAUGUAAAUAGUCCUUGGACUGAAUGCAACAUUAAUUUACACAUUAAUGCAUUAGCUACGUAUGCUAGCUUGUGCUAACCUUCUGUUUGCAUGCUGAAUGCCACAGCUCUGUGUACUUGUACCUCUGUCUCUUGGUCCAUAAUGUGCAAUAGGCUACUGCACUAAAGGUUUAGUGCCAAACAGAUGUUGUCUCAUUUUUGUCAGAGAGCUUACUGUUUCAUUGUGCUUCUAAGCCAAAUGUUUAAUUUUCUGUUACACAUAUUGCAGAAUACCAGCCGCGGUCCAUGCAUUUUAAGUCCAGGCCUUCAGUGUGAUUCAUGCCGUUAAGAAAAUACAGUUUCACAAUGAAUAAUACGCCCUCUGCCUUUGGGCAUCAUACAUUAUGUUGCAGCUAAAUAAUAAUAUCAACUGACAUUUUAAAAACACGUCCACACACGAAAACCAGAACUUGAAAUGAUACUUAAUGAUCAAGCAAGCCUAAUUUUAACUGCAGCAUGAUUGUUUUGUGAAAUGAACGUCACAAAUCAUAAUUUUUCAUAUGAAUCUACCAAGGAGAUCUAUAAUGCCUGGAAAAAUCUAUCUAAUAAUAUUUACAAUUUAAAUGUUGCGUGAACCCUGUUUCGUCAGGGUUUCAUUUUCUGUUACACAUAUUGCAGAAUACCAGCCGUGGUCCAUGCAUUUUAAGUCCAGGCCUCUGCAGGUUAUGUGCGUUCCAUUCAAGUUGGAUGAGGGAUAUUCCUACUUGAUAUCUCUGACCGUAAAUGCAUUCCAUUCCCUGAUAUUCUGAACUGCAACGCUCCCGUUAGCUAAGCAGGGGUUUGACUCUCAUUGGAGAUGUCUCCUGGAAACCCAACUGAUAAACAAUACUGCAGCGCUAGCAUUUGUGCUUCAGGAGUACGAUUAUCAAAAUAGAUUAUAAUGUUUUAUACACCUGUUUCUGCAGGCGUUUGUUAAUCUUGCUUUAAUAUCAUGUAAUGUGGAAACAAACUCAUUUAUCGAUAUUACUUGAUAAAAUACAAUUUUAUCACUUCAUAUAUCUCCCUGAGUGUGUCCUGUUUGUGUGACAUCAUGCCCCUGCAUCUCGGUGAAAUCGAAGUUGACAAUUUCUGCACGAGCCUACAAGUUGUAAUUCUUACUUCAAGAUGCAUUCCAUUGCACUUUUCCUAGUAGGAAGUUGUAAAAUCUGACUUUUCGAAUAUAAUGGAACGCAGAACUACUUUUCAAAACUUGAUCCAACAGUAUUUGUGCAUUCUAUUUGUUUCAGAAGUCAGAGCUCCGAGUUAUUUUCAGAGUUACGAGACCGGAACUGACAAAUGCAGCGCCCCAUGUCAGAAUUCUUUCUCAGAUGAACUCAGAGGACCACGAGUUUAGAAAGCAAGAUGGCUGCGAUCGUCUGUAGUAUGCUGUGGGUCUAAAAAAAAAUGUUGGCACUUUUGUGUCCAAUUUAGUAUGUCGCAUACACAAUACUAUAUUACCAUUGCCUAUAGGCAUGUAGACUACUGUUUAUGUUGUUAGACUAUUGCUUUGAUAUAGUUUCAGCGGAUUCAAGGGCUAUACAAAGGGAGGUUACUAGCUUACACAGCUUUAUUAACAAAUCUAAAGAUCUAAUAAUGUAACAAGCAUUUUGGUUUAAGAAGACAGUAGCUACUUCACUCCUGUUAUCAUUAUUUAACAAGUUAUCCAUAAUGUUAACAUACCUUCUCCGCUUUCUGUCAUCUUCCUCGAGGUCUCUUAGGUGAAGGGCAUACUUAUUUUGUAGCUCUCUGUACUGCGAAAGAGCUAGUGCAACAAUUACUUUCCUGGAGGCAUCCAUCUUUUUUUACGUGUGUAAAUGGAACGCAUCCAACUCUGAUUUCUUUUUUCUUUUUUUUACGGAUAUGAAGUCGAUCCGAGCCCCGUGCUCUGACUUCCGAGUCAAACGGAAUGCAGAAUUCUCCAGCAGUCUAAUUUACAUUUACAAAACUCCUGAUGUUGCUUUAACAAUGCAAAAAGCACUUACCAAUUUACUUAAAGUGAAAAUCCAUCCCCUUUCAUCACAUGGUCAUGCAGAACAUCUCGUGUUUUUAAAUCCAUAAGGAUCUCUUUUUCAAUGGCGAUAUUGGCAGUGAUGAUGAGCUUGUGCUCUUUGCUUUCAAAUUACUUACAUCACUUAAAGCAUGAUUGCAUCACUCAAGGCCAGCUAGAAGGCCUCGACCAGGACAUUUCCUAAAGAUCACACCCACCAAGAACAAAAAAAUCAAUCUGAUUGUCUGAUGAAUCUGUCAAUCUGAAUUUAGUUGCACAUUCAUUUGCACUGUUGAGGGAUUCUGUGGAAAUUCUGAAGCCCUAAUGGGGUGGAACUCAGACUCACGUGCUGCUUCGGAUUCGGGCAUGCAAUUUGUGAAACAGCUGUCACACUUCGCUUGUAAGCAUCAAGGAAUAAAUUCUGACUGGACCAACUUUUAGUUUUUCUCCAUUUGUUUGUAGAUUAAUUAAGAGUGGAAAGUGAUUAAAAAAACAUAUAGGAAAAAAUGUGAUUGCGAAUGAAAGGAUGAAAAAUAUGUAUUUAUUUAUUUGGCAUGUUAGGCCAGCAGAGAAGGCUUUGCUGGCUCUGAGAAUUCGCCACUGCAGAAUAAACAUAGACACAUACAUACUCAAAAUCACUUCCGGCAUUCUAAAUGACACAGGAUUCUUCAAUGUAACAUUAAAAUGUGUAGAUCACAUAAAGUAAUAACAAUGAAGAAAACUUUUACAUCUUUCUUUUUUAAUUUUGUAAAGUUAUAAUCACUGUUAAUCACCUGUCAUCUGCUAUGAUGUGUGUUUUUUGCCCAAGACGCUUGCCACGGUUGACUGCUCAAAGCAUCUCGCAGUUGCAUAGGCUUGCACUUAUGGAUUCGUAUUCAAUAAAUGGUUGCCAAGUCAUACAUUUUUUAAAGGGAUCAAAAACCUUGUUAUAUACAGAAACAUAUACAUUA